AUGGUUCUCGAUAUCAGGUACUUCCGCAACAGCAACCUUCUCCAGCUCCUGCGAGCUUCCGAGGUGCGCAGGUGUGUCGCCAACUCCAUGGUCGACUCGGUCAUCACGGCCGACGAAGAAUGGAGGCAGGCGAACCACACUUACGAGCAGGCGAAGCGGAAUUACAACGACAUAUCCAAGCGGAUUGGGCUCGUUGUGUCCGGCAAGGCGCCGGCGGUUGACGCCGAAGGCAAGCCCGCUGACAAGGCCGAAAUUAUCAGCCAGCUCAAGAAGGAGGCCGAGAACCACAAGGAAGAGAUUGCGCGCUUGCUGAACAAAGCGCACGAUCUCAGCAAGACCCGAGAUUCGCUCCUAAGGUGCGUAGGAAACAUCGUUUCUGAGGACACCGUUCCCUCCGCGGACGAGGCGAACAACCUUACUGUGGCCCACUGGGAGCCCAGCAAGUACGGGUGGGAGCAGUUCAUUGAGGCAAACAACAUCCAAGAGUACCGUGAUGUGGCCUGCAAGACGGUGGGUGAGCACAACGUAAAAUUGCCGCCCUGGAACGUCAUGAGCCACUGUGACGUGCUCAUUAAGAUUGGCGGCGUUAACCUGAAAAAGGGUGUGGAGAUUGCCGGUCACCGGGGAUACUACCUAAUGGGGCCAGGAUGCCUGCUCAACAUGGCCCUUAUACAGUACGGAUUGGACUUCCUCAGCCGCAGGGGGUACCAACCCGUCAUGCCACCCUACUUCAUGAAGAAGGACGUCAUGGGUCAGUGUGCUGAGCUUGCGGAUUUCGAGGAGACGCUCUACUGCAUACCUCCGCUCAGGGACGCGGAUCGCAGCACCGCGAACGAGAUGGCUGGUCAGCAGCAAUCUGCUGGGGCGGCCAGGGACGAAGACUACGAGCGGGAAAAGCUGUUCCUCAUCGCCACCAGCGAACAACCCAUUGUGGCGCUCCACAGGAACGAAACCUACUCAAUCAAGGAACUGCCACUGAAGUACGCGGGCGUGUCGACCUGCUUCAGAAGGGAGGCUGGUGCCCACGGUAGGGACCUAAGGGGCAUCUUCCGUAUACACCAGUUCCAGAAAAUUGAGCAGUUCGUGGUGUGUGGAGCAGAAGACUCGUGGAAGCACCACGAUGAAAUGAUCGGCGUUUCGAAGGAGUUUUACGAAUCACUGAACCUGCCCUACAGGGUCGUAUCGAUCGUGGCCGGUGCGCUCAACAACGCCGCCGCGAAGAAGUACGACCUCGAGGCGUACUUCCCGGAGAUGGGGGACUACCGUGAACUCGUGUCGUGCUCCAACUGCACCGACUAUCAGUCAUGCGACAUCAACUCCAAAUACUUCGAGAAGGACACCGCACAGAGGCAGUACUGCCACAUGCUCAACGGGACGCUUGUUGCGUCCCAGCGCACUCUGUGCUGCAUCCUCGAGAACUACCAGACUCCCAAUGGUGUCAUGGUGCCCAAAGCGCUGGUGCCCUACAUGGGAGGCGUGGAAUUCAUCCCGUUCGUUGACGGCAAGACCGCUGCGGAAUGA